AUGGCACCUUCAGCAACAACACACGCCCCUGACGGCAGACAGAACGGUGACCUCCACCGUGACUACAACGAUGACCGCAAUGCAUCGUCCGAGGACACUUUGUACACGACAAGCAACGGUGUCCCUAUGCCUCACCCCUAUGAGGUUCAGCGUGUCGGCGAGAACGGUCCUCUUCUCCUCCAGGACUUCCACUUGGUAGACCUUCUCUCCCACUUCGACCGCGAGCGUAUUCCCGAGCGUGUCGUUCACGCCAAGGGUGGUGGUGCCCAUGGUUACUACCAGACCACCGACCCCCUUGAUGACCUCUGCAUGGCCGACAUCUUCCAGGCCGGCAAGAAGUGUCCCAUCACUGUUAGAUUCUCUACCGUUGGUGGCGAGUCUGGCUCGCACGACUGUGCCAGAGACCCUCGUGGUUUCUCCGUCAAGUUCCGUACCGACGAGGGUAACUGGGAUGUCGUCGCCAACAACACCCCCGUUUUCUUCUUGAGAGACCCCGCCAAGUUCCCCCUCUUCAUUCACACCCAGAAGCGUGAUCCCGCCACCCACUUGACCCACGCCGAUGACUCGACCAUGUUCUGGGACUACCUUUCUCAGAACCCCGAGUCAGUCCACCAAGUAAUGAUCCUCAUGGGUGACAGGGGCAUCCCUGAGAACUGGCGCAAGAUGCACGGAUACUAUGGCCACACCACCAAGCUCGUCAACAAGAAGGGCGAGUGGGUCUACGCCCAGAUUCAUUUCAAGUCCAAGCAAGGCACUGGUUUCAUUACUCAGGAGGACUCCAACAACUACUCCCCUGACGCUCACCAGAAGGAUCUUUACAACGCCAUCGAGAACGGCGACUUCCCUGGCUGGGACGUCAAGGUUCAGACCAUGACUCCCAAGGAGGCCGAGGAUCUUUGGGAGAACCAGAAGAUUAACGUUUUCGAUCUGACCCACGUCUGGCCUCAGAGCCAAUUCCCUCUCCGCAAGGUCGGAGAGUUCUUCUUGAACGAGAACGUCAAGAACUACUUUGCCGAGAUUGAGCAGAUCGCCUUCAACCCUGCCCACAACCCUCCCGGUAUUGAGCCCUCGGCCGACCCUGUCCUCCAGUCGCGUCUGUUCUCAUACCCCGACACCCACCGUCACCGUAUCGGUGUCAACUACCAGCAAUUGCCUGUCAACGCUCCCCGGGUUCCCUACAGAAUUGGUAACUUUCAACGUGUACNNGAUGGAUCCAUGGCCUUCUACAACCAAGGCUCUCGCCCUGCAUACCUUUCCUCGAUCCAGCCUACCCAGUUCCGCCAGCGUACCCUCGACCUUGACAGAACUCACGGUCACUUCUCAGGAAAGGCCAUCACCUUCCUGUCUGAGAUUCGUGAGGAGGACUUCAACGCUCCCCGUGCCUUGUGGGAGAAGGUCUUCGACGAUGGCGCCAAGGAGCGUUUCGUCAAGAACGUGUCUGGCCACAUGAGCACCUGCCGCAAGGAGGAGAUCAUCAAGAGACAGAUCACCAUCUUCCGCCACGUCUCCGAGGACCUUGCCAGCCGUCUCGAGAAGGCUACUGGCGUCAAGGGCUACGAGAGCAUAAAAAACAUGCAGUUCAACGNNGGCGAGUACUAUCUGCUUCUAUCUUCAAAAACGUAUGCUAACGAAUCACCUAGAACUCACAAUGGCUUCGCUACUGAUGAAAGCAAGAAGUACGCCAAUGGCCAGGUGCCCGUCAAAAUCGAUUCAUCGGUGACGGAGAACAACGGAGCUCCCAGAGCUGGCACUCACGAGGAGUACUACAGAAAGUAA